AUGCUCGUCGCGGAAGUACUUCAGGCGCUGGCCCGAGAGGCAACUUACCAUCCCAUUGAGUUUCUAGCAAAAGGAUUGGGACUGGUAGCUCUGGUGUACAUCGUCGCGAAUGAGAUCUAUCGGUCGAAGGCUCGCUUAUCCAUGUUUAACGGCCCGACGGGAUUUCCCCUCAUCGGGAAUCUGUGGCAGGUCAGACAUGACGCCGCCGAAAAGUACCGCGAAUGGGCCAAGGAGUAUGGUGCUGUCUAUCAGGUUCAGCUUGGUAACCUGCCUGUCCUGAUCAUCAACACCGCCGCCGCGGCAAAGGUCAUCCUCGGGCACAACUCACAAGCGACUGCGUCCCGUCCUGAGCUUUACACGUUUCACAAGCUCGUGGCCAACACCGCCGGUACCACCAUCGGCACAUCGCCAUACAAUGAGUCCCUGAAGCGCCGCCGUAAGGGAGCCGCAUCAGCCCUCAACCGCCCCGCCAUCGAGACUUACGUCCCUCAUCUGGAUCUGGAGACGAAGGAGUUCCUGAAGGACAUCCUCAACUACGGCCAAUCCGGAAAGAAGCCAGUGUACCCCAUGCCCAUGGUCCAGAGACUCAGCCUGUCACUCGCCGUCACCCUGAACUGGGGCUUCAGAUUCCCCAGCGCCGAGGACCCCCUGUUCAAGGAAAUCACCGACGUGGAGGGCAACAUCAGCCGCACGCGAAGCGUCACGGACAACCUCCAGGAUUACAUCCCUCUCAUGCGGAUGAACCCCUUCUCGGCCGGGUCGCGCCAGGCCGUGGCUAUGAGGCGCCGUCGCGACAAGUAUCUCUCCAACUUGAACAAUGACCUGAAGGAGAGGGUCCGGAACGGUACUUACGAGCCGUGUAUCCAGGCGAAUGUCAUGCUGGAUGAGGAGGCUAAGCUCAACGACGUCGAGUUGACCUCGAUCAGCUUGACGAUGCUCUCGGCUGGGUUCGAGACCUUCUCGGCUGUCACGACGUGGUCUAUCGCCUUUCUUGCUCAACAUCCCGAGAUCCAGCAGAAGGCUUUCGAUGCCAUUAGUAAGGUGUACGACGCGGCGAAUCCUCUUUGCGAUCCCAAGGACGACCAGAGCAUCCCAUAUGUCAGGGCCCUGGUUCGUGAAUGUCUGAGAUACUUCACCGUCCUUCGCCUUUCACUCCCCCGCGCAACCAACAAGGACUUCGUAUUCGAAGGAAAGCUGAUCCCCAAGGGAACGGUCGUUUUCCUCAACUCGUGGGCUUGCAACAUGGAUGACGAGCUCUGGGAAGAUCCAGAGACCUUCCGCCCCGAGCGCUGGCUUGAGAACCCAGAGGCCCCAAUGUUCACCUUCGGCAUGGGCUACCGAAUGUGCACGGGAACUUUGUUGGCCAACCGCGAGCUGUACCUCACCUUCCUUCGCAUGAUUGCAAAUUUCAAAAUCACCACCAACGAGAACUACGACACAAACCCCCUCACCGGGUGCGACGACAUCAAGAACCUCAUCAUCGCGCCGAAGAAGUACCACGUCAACUUUAUUCCUCGCAACGAGGCUGCCCUGAGAAAGGCUUUGGAGCUUUGA